UGAAAGGAUCCCUCCCGGCCCGUUUAGUCUCAGUUAACGCGUGACAGUCGCGCGUGUCGUUUGUAUUGUGUCCGCACUCGUGUGUACAUAUCGUACUCUAGCAAUUAUCGCGUUUUGUGACGCGAUAAACAGAAAUAAGUAAAAAAUUAUUCACUUCCUUCACGAGACGUGUGACAAAUGACGUUGUCAUAUCGUUAUCAUGCAGUGUGCCCGCCGUGCACGCAAUGGAUGACGCAAAGUGAGGUUAAGUCCUGAGAGUACCGGGCACCCCGCGACAUGACUCUCGCACAAAGAAGAUGAGGCGAAACGUCAUCAGCUUGAUCAAAUUCUUCUUCCUGGCGGCCUUCACGGUGUUCCUCACCGUCGUGGUAUUUCGUUACAUGCGGACGCCGCCUAACCGUCAACUCUCGACGUCGCUCGACGCCUUGAUCGCGGCGGUCGCCGUCGGCCGCAGGACUCCCGGAGACAGCAACCGGGAGAACGACGAGCGUCCGGAUCAGGACAUGGAUGACAAAAUCGAUUGGCAUGACUACAAGAAGAUUGAAGCAGAGAGUAAGCAAACUGGAAUGGGGGAGCAUGGCAGACCAGCCUUCCUCUCCCCAUCUCUCGACUCACUGAAGGAAAAAUUAUACCAAGUAAAUGGAUUCAACGCUGCUCUCAGCGACGAGAUCUCCGUAAAUCGAUCAGUGCCUGAUAUUCGUCAUGCAGACUGCAGAAAGAAGAAAUACUUGAGAAACCUAGAUCCUGUUUCUGUAAUAGUGUCUUUCCAUAACGAGCAUUUCAGCACAUUGCUGCGGACUUGCUGGAGCGUGAUCAAUCGCUCACCGCCUUCUCUCCUGGAGGAGAUAAUACUGGUCGACGAUGCCAGUACGAAGGUGGAAUUGAAGAAGAAGUUGGACGACUACGUCGCCAAGAACUUGCCAAAAGUAACGAUUGUACGAUUACCAAAACGUUCGGGAUUAAUUAGAGGCCGAUUGGCGGGCGCAAAGAAAGCCAGAGCUAACGUGCUAGUAUUCCUCGAUUCGCACAGCGAGGCUAAUGUGAACUGGUUGCCACCGCUGUUGGAACCUAUCGCGCAAGACUACAAAACCUGUGUUUGUCCGUUCAUCGACGUGAUAGCUUAUGAGACCUUCGAGUACAGAGCGCAGGACGAAGGCGCACGUGGCGCAUUCGACUGGGAAUUGUAUUACAAGCGGCUUCCACUGCUUCCAGAAGACCUGAAGAGACCCGCGGAACCCUUCAAGAGUCCCAUAAUGGCGGGUGGUCUGUUCGCUAUCAGUACCAAGUUCUUUUGGGAACUUGGCGGUUACGAUCCGGGCUUGGACAUAUGGGGUGGCGAACAAUACGAGCUGUCUUUCAAGAUCUGGCAGUGCGGCGGACAGAUGUAUGACGCACCGUGCUCUAGAGUCGGUCACAUUUACCGCAAGUUCCCGCCAUUCCCCAAUCCCGGCCGUGGCGACUUUCUCGGGAAGAAUUACAAGAGAGUUGCCGAGGUAUGGAUGGACGAGUACGCGGAAUACAUCUACAAGAGACGGCCACACAUGCGCGCAUUGGACCCCGGAGAUCUGUCAGAGCAGAAGAACCUGCGUGUGAAAUUGCACUGUAAGCCGUUCAACUGGUUCAUAGAGAACAUAGCCUUCGAUCUCGUGGAGGUUUACCCGCCGAUUGAGCCAGACGACUUUGCCUCCGGCGAGAUCAGGAACAUGGGUGCGACAGAUCUCUGUCUGGACUCCAAGAAGCGGAAGAGGGACGAGCUGGUUGUCGUGGACACCUGCAUUAAAGACAAUCCGAGAGUGUUCGGGGAGCAGGAGUUCCGGCUGACCUGGCAUAAAGAUAUCAGGCCGAAGGAUCGCACAGAUUGCUUGGAUGUGUCGAGAGGCGAGGAGAAGGCGCCAGUAAGCCUAUAUCCUUGCCAUGGGAAACAGGGCAAUCAGUUGUGGCGUUACGACGUCGAGAAGCAGUGGCUGAUGCACGGUUACUCGUCCAGAUGUCUGGAUACCGAUCCGGGUAGCAGGAAAGUCUAUGUGACUGCUUGCGACAAAUCUUCGGCCACCCAGAAAUGGCGAAUAGAGCAGGUCAACAUGAAGGCCAUUAACAAUUGGGAGAACAUAGGACCCAAGCUCAAGUGAGAGAAAAGAACCUCUUCCCUCAUACUGCCAUAAAGUUUCAUAAGUAGAUUUCUCGCGUUGGGUUCCUACUUGUCUAGAAAUCUAAGAACAAUUCAUUUAUAUAUGUAUAUUCCUAGUUACUAGUCAUCGCAAAUUCUCCAUUUGGACAAUAUACCGCACCUGUAUUAGCAAUCGAUGACGAGAAAAAAAAAAGAGAGAGAAAGAAUCGACCAUCGCGUAAAUCAUUUUGCACGUAGAGUAAGGCAAGAUUUUGGUUCCUUGGCAAUACGGAUGGGAGAGCUAGUGUCUUCGUAUCGGUACGCUUAUGUCUCCACUAUACAUAUCGCAUAAGCGCUCUAUCGUGCCUUACAUUACAUAGCCACAUUUAGAAGUACGAUAUACGAAUCGUAUAUCGUACAAUUUUAACACACACACACACACACACAUACAUACAUAUAUAUAUAUUAUAUAUAUAUAUAUAUAUAUAUAUAUUAUAUAUAUAUAUAUAUAUAUAUAUAUAUAUAUAUAUAUAUAUAUAUAUAUAUAUAAUGUUUAUUUCUUCGCUCAAAUUAAUAUUACGACACACAUCAGCAUUAUAUCCUUUUAAUAUAUAUCUCGUAUUAAGCAGGACUGAUAUUUCAUUUACAUUAUAGUAUAAGUCGUUGCAAUAAAAUCAAGCAGAGUAUUAGAUGCUCUGCUGAGAAAUCGCGCAAGUGCGAUUAUAUAAUACUUACAAAGAUUCAUUCCAUUAUUAUUAAUUCAUGUAACAUGAACGAUUGUUUAACUGUAUAAACAAAUAUUACGAGCGGAUUAAUGCAAUCAGAAAACACACGAAAUUAUUUUUCGGUUUUGAUGCAUCGUCAUGAGCAGAUUGCAGAAUAACUUAAAACAUAUGUGGUAUACAUUUUGUUCUCGACAACAGCGUUAUAAAAUAGAUUAAAACAUAGUAACAUCUGCCUUGGUAUUGAAGAAAUUAGAUAGAAAAAAAUAGUGAUAUAGAUUGUCGGGAAAAAUACAAAUAAAUUACCUAUUCCCCGCGAUUAUUACACAUUAUUUUGCAAUGUGUCCACAUGUGAUCGAUAUCGAUUGAAACGCAUUUAGACAACAAAUCAGAGCUGUUUGAAAUGUCUAUUCGAUACAUCUAUCGGUGUAUUCGCUUAUGUUAGUGCUUGUGCACGGAUCUUUAAUAAAUACAGCAUGGUGAGCGAACAUCAGAAAGGAAUUGUUAACUGUCUGUGAUCGUUGGUGUCUGGACUAAUCUUUGAUUAUUAUGACUAUUUUUAUAACGACUAUUUAUGUAUGAUUUAAUAAACGUUUGUAUUGAACACCCUUAUAUAUCCAAAUAAAUGCAAGUCCCGAAACCUUGACAGUAAAUCAUA